AUGAAGACGGAUUUCAAGUUUUCCAAUUUACUGGGGACCGUCUAUCGCAAAGGGAAUCUCCUCUUUACUCCCGACGGGACCUGCUUGCUCUCCCCAGUGGGCAACAGAGUCACUGUUUUCGACCUUGUAAACAAUAAAUCCUGGACUCUUCCCUUUGCCCACCGCAAGAACAUCGCCCGACUAGACCUCACUUCCCGGGGCAAUCUUCUUCUUACUGUGGACGAAGAUGGCCGCGCCAUCCUGACCAAUUUCCGGCGGCGGAUCGCCAUCUACCACUUCUCCUUCAAGUCCCCUAUUAGCGCGCUCAAAUUCUCUCCCUCUGGCCGGCAUUUCGCAGUAGGCGUGGGUCGCCGACUCCAGAUCUGGCACACGCCGUCCGCUCCAGGGACGGACGGCAAUGGAGAGAUUGAAUUUGCGCCAUUCGUCCUACAUCGCGACCUUGCCGGUCACUUCGACGUGAUUCAAAAUAUCGAAUGGUCGAGCGACUCGCGAUUUAUCCUCACCGCGUCAAAGGAUUUGACCGCGAGAGUGUGGAGUUUGAACCCUGAAGAUGGAUUUGAGCCUACCACUCUCGCGGGGCAUCGCUACGGUGUCAAGGCGGCUUACUUCAGCGCAGACCAGGAAAUUAUCUACACCGUCAGUCAGGACGGCGCACUAUUCCGAUGGGAGUACGUCGGAAAGGAGACGGACGGGGAGGAGAGUUCUGAUCUCCGAUGGAGAAUCGUCAAGAAGGACUUUUUCAUGCAGAAUGAUGCCAAACUGAACUGCGCCGCCUUCCACGCACCCUCCAAUCUCCUAGUCGUCGGCUUUUCGAACGGGAUUUUUGGCUUAUAUGAGCUGCCCGAAUUCAAUAUGAUCCACAUGCUGAGUGUAUCGCAAAGCAACAUUGACUUUGUCACGAUCAAUAAGUCCGGAGAGUGGCUGGCAUUCGGCUCCUCCAAGCAUGGACAGCUGCUGGUCUGGGAAUGGCAGUCGGAAUCCUACAUCUUGAAGCAGCAGGGGCACUUGGACUCGAUGAACUCUCUGGUGUAUUCUCCGGACGGGCAGCGGAUCAUCACCACGGCCGACGAUGGCAAAGUCAAAGUGUGGGAUGUGACGUCUGGUUUCUGUGUCGUGACGUUCACCGAACACACUAGUGGAGUGACAGGGUGUCAGUUUGCCAAGCGGGGAAAUGUCCUGUUCACGUCAUCGCUUGAUGGAUCAGUCCGAGCGUGGGAUCUCAUCCGGUAUCGAAACUUCCGUACCUUUACGGCUCCUACCCGACUAUCCUGGUCUUGUGUGGCGGUCGACCCCAGUGGUGAGGUGGUCUGCGCCGGCUCGAUUGAUUCAUUCGAUAUCCACGUCUGGUCCGUGCAGACGGGUCAACUGCUGGAUCGACUCGCAGGUCACGAGGGACCGGUGGUGUCAAUGGCAUUCUCCGCAGACGGCAGCCAUCUGAUCACUGGCAGCUGGGACCGUACCGUCCGAAUAUGGAGUAUUUUCGGAAGGACGCAGACCAGCGAGCCUCUCCAGCUCCAGUCGGACGUUCUGAGCGUGGAUUUCAGACCCGACGGGAAACAGAUUGCUGCGUCGACUCUCGACGGCCAGCUAACUUUCUGGUCUGUCACCGACGCAACCCAGCAGGGUCUGAUCGACGGCCGCCGCGACGCGUCCGGUGGACGGAAGAUCACUGACCGACGGACGGCCGCCAAUGUCGAGAGUACGAAAUCCUUCAAUACGAUCAAAUACAGCGCCGACGGAUCCUGCCUUCUGGCGGCUGGAAACACCAAGUAUAUUUGCUUGUAUGAUGUUGGAACGGGGUCGAUGGUCAAGAAAUUCACCGUGUCGGUGAACACGUCGCUGGAGGGCACGCAGGAGUAUCUCAACAGCCGCAACAUGACUGAAGCGGGGCCACGAGGUCUGAUCGAUGAGACGGGCGAGGCGUCUGAUCUGGAGGACCGGAUUGAUCGGACCCUUCCGGGUGUGAAGCGUGGCGAUGCGGCUGCUCGCACCACACGGCCGGAGGUGAGAGUUUCGGCAGUUGCCUUCUCGCCGACGGGGCGUUCAUUCUGCGCGGCGUCGACGGAGGGUCUUUUGAUCUACAGUCUGGACACGGAAUUCGUCUUUGACCCGUUCGACCUGGACAUCACGAUCACGCCAGACACGAUUCUCGACACCUUGCAGGCUGCGAAACAGUCCUCAUCCUCGACGUCGACGGAUGCUGACCAGCCAUCGUUCCUCAAAGCGCUCAUCAUGGCUUUCCGUCUGAACGAGGCGCCUCUCAUCCGGCAGGUCUAUGAAGGAAUCCCGCCGUCGGACAUCCCGCAUGUCGUUCGGGCCCUUCCGACGGUGUACCUUCCUCGUCUUCUCCGGUUUGUGGCCAACUCGACGGACGAGACACCGCAUCUGGAGUUCAACCUGCUCUGGAUCACGUCGCUGCUCAGCAUUCACGGUCGGUACUUGAAGGACAACUCGGGCACGUUCGCACCGGAGCUGCGUGCCGUGCAGCGAGUCAUUGACGAGAUCCAGGCCAGUCUGAAGCGGCUGUCGGAGCGGAACCUGUACGAAUUAGAUUAUCUCCUGUCGAAGCCCGUGCUGGCGGAACAGAAGAGCAACGGGGUCCAAAAGAUCGACGAAAGCGGACCUGCGGUCGACCAGGAGAUGGAAGACGCCGACGGCGACGCUAACGAUGAUGCUGAUGGCGAUGGCGGCGAUGACGGGGAGGAGGAAUGGAUUGGGCUUGAGUAA